AUGUUAGAAUCUCUGGUGCAAUUUACUAACCAGAAAGUCAGUUUCUACCGAACUAAGUUCAAAAAUACUACUAAGGCCGAACUUUGUGACACAAAUGUAAACGAGAUAAAAGUGUUCAUUGGUUUGAUGUACUAUUCGUCAGUUUUCAAAUGUAACGAUGCAUAUCUCCACACAAUAUUUGCCACCAAUGGCACAGGCCGUGAAAUAUUCCGCUGCGUGAUGUCCAAAUGGUGUUUUUCAUGUUGGAUCAACUGCCUUAGAUUUGAUGACUCGACUACUAGAGAGGAACGUCUAAAAGAUGAUAAACUUGCUCCAAUAUCCGAUAUGUUUGAUAAGUUCAUAUCAAACAGUCAAUAUACCACUGGACCAUACCUCUGCAUCGAUGAAAUGUUACUGCCAUUUAGAGAAAAUGAGGAAAGCAAAUUUUUUAUUGAAUAUGGCAAGAGAUUUAGUGCUGAAUCAUAUGAAAACCAGGGUAUACAAUGA